GGGGAAAUAGAAGCGCUGGGGGCUCUAAGCUAGUGAGGUCACCAAAAGAGUGAGGCUAAUGCAGGGCAAGGUGGUGAGAAGGUGUUUUCUGUUUUCUAAUUUGUUUUUGUAGGGAGAAUGUCCGUCUCUCUGCUCUGCGGCAGUGAGGGCUUGAAGGCUCAGGCGGGUGAUGGGCUUAGAACUUUGAGCCUAUGAUCAGCUUAGGCAUCAGAGAUUUUGGUUUCUAGGCCAUCUGCUUUAUCUGAAGAUUUUCAGCUGAUGAAUAACUAGGAGGCUCAAGCACUGUCUCACCUGAGUUCAGGACAAGCAACUUGGAGAGCGUGCUCUUCUGUGGCAGGUCUGUCUAGGGCAGGAUGGCCCAGGAUCUCAGCGAGAAGGACCUGUUGAAGAUGGAGGUCGAGCAGCUAAAGAAGGAAGUGAAAAACACAAGAAUUCCGGUUUCCAAAGCGGGAAAGGAAAUCAAGGAGUAUGUGGAGGCCCAAGCAGGAAACGACCCUUUUAUCAAAGGCAUCCCUGAAGACAAGAAUCCCUUCAAGGAGAAAGGCGGCUGUCUGAUAAGCUGAUGGCACGGAGCCCCGCCCUGAGUGUCUGUCCCUGUUCAGCCGAGCCCAAGUCUCCUAGACCCCCAGGGAACCAGUGAACUGUCACCUUCUCUUCAUCGCAGAAUGAGUAAAGACCCCUGAACAAAUGCACUGUGAAUCAUUCCCCAUUCCCACCUUCAAAUCUUUUCUCCCAUGAUUUCCCCCACCUGCUGGGUCUCUGCUGACCUUGCUGGGAUCUCUGAGGACAGUGUGACUGGCUGGGCGAUUGGCCCCAUUGGUGGCGGGGUGUGAGGAGCCUGCGAUCCCCUGAGACCUCAGAGGGCAGUCCUUGGGAAGCACUCACAUCUCCUUAGAGCCCCUCCGUCUUUUCCCUCCACUCUCUCCCUAGGAAAAAAGCAUUUCCACAUCAGAGUAGUUUGAGCUGGGGGCGAGGGUUGGGGGGAUCCCGUCCCCCCAUCUCAUGUCUUACCCUGUGGUUCUGUUCCUAAUCAUUUAGAUCACCCCAGGUGGCCUGGUGACAACAAGAGUUUGUGAAGUUA